AGCUUCUCCAGCUGCCAGCAUUUUUGCUCUGACAUCUGGAAGAGACUGAGGAGGGGAAGCAAGGACCAGCCCAUCACUCAGCUGCAGGACCAAGGCAGCCUCUUGCCCCUGGAUGGCCAGAGCUUGGGCGCAGAGUGAGUCUUUGGGGUGACCACCCAGACACAAGGGAAUAGCAUACCAGCCCUGCUACGUGGAGACAGCCCAGCGAGGGAGCACCCCAACGUGUCAGCCAGGGGCCAACUGGCUCAGCUCUCAACUCUGAGGAGCAGCUAGGCAUAUUGGACCAGUCCAUACAGGCAUUGCCAGUCCAUCGAGAGGGUCAGUCCUCUCCAAAGGAGUGUCCCCAGAACCACGGGGCUUCAUGCAGGGCCUGCUGGCUCCCAGCUCUCUGCCGACUGCCUCUGACAUCAAAGCCAACCCAACCACAGCCUUCUGGUCUGAAUUAAGCCCGGCUGCUUGCUGGAGCUGCAUUCUUUGAGCUUUGCUCCUGCUUCCCCCUCCAGCCCUGACAGUGCAUUCCACCACCCGCUCCACCUCCUGCGCAGGCCGGAAGCAUCUGCAUCCCACACGGAGCCUGACAGCAGCGCCGAACUGCUGCUCUGUGCCUUCCUGCUGGCUGCCCAGGACCCCCAAGCUCUCCCUGCACCCUGUGACUGCCCAAGGACUUGAGCCAUCACAGGGGGUAGCCUGUCCAUCUGGAGCUGGAGAGCAGCCCCCUGGACCAGGGCACCUCCACUGCUCCUGUCACGGCUUUAGGGGACCCCUGUGAGGGGGGUGUGAGGUGGAAAUGGGGCUGGUUAGAGCCUGCUGCCUGGCAUUGCCCUGUCUGCUCCUGGCACUGCUGUGGCCUAAUCCAGCCCAGCUCCAGACAGUUCUGACGGAUGACGAGAUUGAGGAAUUUCUGCAAGGCUUCCUGAAGGAGCUCUCCCCUGAAGGCAAGGAGAAGACAGAUAUCCAGCCCCCCGAGGAGCCACCCGAGGCCGGGGGGAGGCUGAGACCUGAAGGAAAGGACAAGGACAAGGACAAGGCCAAGGACAAGGCCAGCAGAACCCCCACAAAGGUGGAAGGAGGGACCCCUGGGAAGGUAAAGGAAAAGCCAAAGAAAGGGAAGAAAGAGAAGGCACCCAAACCCACCAAGAAACCCAAGGAGAAGGCACCCAAGGGCUCCAAGAAAGACAAAGAGAAAGUGCCCAAACCCACCAAGAAACCCAAGGAGAAACUUCCUAAGGGCUCCAAGAAGCCCAGAGAGAAAGCUCCCAAGCCCACCAAAAAACCCAAGGAGAAGCCUCCCAAAGCCACCAAAAAGCCAUCAGGAAAGAAAAAGCCAGAGGCAACACCCCCUGUCCAACCUGAGAAGGAAGAGAAGGACAGGUAUUAUCAGCCUGAGGAUCCCUUGUUCCCUCCCCCUGCCAGAGAGGAAGAUGACUACGGGGUGGCCGAGCCCUCCAGGCUCCCCUCACCAUAUGAGGAGGAGGAGGAGAGAUCCCGGGUGUAUGGGGAACGGGACAAAGAUGAAUUCCCGGAGGAGCCGACCGAGCCACCUGGCAGGGAGCAAGAGCCUGGAGGCCACUGGGAUGACUAUGGGGAGCCUCCAACUGAGCCAUGGGAACCCGACCACGAGGACUGGAAGCCAGAGCCCUACCCCGAGGUACCAGAGGAGACAGAAGCACCCACACUGGACUACAAUGAUCAGAUUGAGCAGGAGGAUUACGAGGACUUCGAGUACCGGCGGCGCCAUCAGAAACCCAAGAAGCCACCCAGCAGGAAGAAAACCGAAAGGAUCUGGCCAGAGCCAGAGCCAGAGCCAGAGCCAGAGCCAGAGGUGGAGCCAAAGCCAAGGAAGCCAGUGGAGCCACCCACGCCACCUGCGGAGACGGACUAUGAGGAGGGGCUAGAGCGGCCAGACUAUGAUGACAUGGAGUACGGCCCACUCCCACCAAAGCCCAAGAAAUACCCUGGCAAGGAGGAUGAGGAUGAGAUGGAGACAGAUGAGGAGAAACUCAAGCCACGGAAGCCCAAGAAGGGCAGCAGCAGCAAGGAGGAGGAGGAGGAGGUGGACACCGGUGAGGACAAGUGGACUGAGGACAAGACCAAGGACCGCAGAGGGAAACCAAAGAAGACAGGAGGGAAAAAGUGGGAGACAGAUGAGGAUGAAUGGACCCCCCCAGAGGAGAAGACAAAAUGUCCCCCCAUUGGGCUGGAGUCCCACCGCAUUGAGGACGACCAGAUGCUGGCCUCAUCCAUGCUGCGUCACGGCCUGAGUGCCCAGCGUGGGCGGCUCAACAUGCAGGCCGGUGCCAACGAGGAUGACUUCUUUGAUGGGGCCUGGUGCGCAGAGGAUGACAGCCGCAUGCACUGGAUUGAGGUGGACACCAGGAGAACCACCAAGUUCACUGGAGUCAUCACACAGGGCCGGGAUUCCCUCAUCCACGACGACUUUGUCACCACCUUCUACGUGGGCUUCAGCAACGACAGCCAGAACUGGGUGAUGUACACCAAUGGCUAUGAGGAGAUGUUGUUCCAUGGCAAUGUGGACAAGGACACACCAGUGUUGACCGAGUUCCCGGAGCCCAUGGUGGCACGCUUCAUCCGUGUGUACCCCCAGACCUGGAAUGGGAGCCUGUGCAUGCGGCUGGAGGUGCUAGGCUGCCCCCUCUCCACCAUCAGCACCUACUACACCCAGCAGAAUGAGGUGACCUCCACUGACAACCUGGACUUCCGCCACCACAGCUACAAGGACAUGAGGCAGCUCAUGAAGGUGGUGAAUGAAGAGUGCCCCACCAUCACGCGCAUCUACAACAUUGGCAAGAGCUCCCGAGGCCUGAAGAUCUACGCCAUGGAGAUCUCUGACAACCCCGGGGAACAUGAGCUCGGGGAGCCCGAGUUCCGCUACACAGCGGGCAUCCAUGGCAAUGAAGUGCUGGGGCGGGAGCUGCUGCUGCUGCUGAUGCAGUUCCUGUGCAAGGAGUACAAGGACGGGAACCCUCGUGUGCGCAACCUGGUGUCUGAGACUCGCAUCCAUCUCGUGCCCUCCCUCAACCCUGAUGGCUAUGAGAUUGCCAGCCAAGCGGGCUCAGAGCUGGGAAACUGGGCACUGGGCCUCUGGAGUGAGGAAGGCUAUGACCUCUUUGAGAACUUCCCCGACCUCAACACAGCGCUGUGGGCAGCUGAGGAGAGGAAGCUGGUGCCCCACAAGUUCUCCAACCACCACAUCCCCAUCCCUGAGCACUACCUGGCUGAGGAUGCCCACGUGGCAGUGGAGAUCCGUGCCAUCCUGGCCUGGAUGGACAAGAUCCCCUUUGUGCUGGGGGCCAACCUCCAUGGUGGGGAGAAGCUGGUGUCAUACCCCUACGACAUGGCACGACCCGCUUCGGAGAACGCAGCGGUGCCUGCCCGCCCACCUGAUGACGACUAUGAGGAGGAGAACUUGGAGGCCACAGAAACGCCUGACCACGCUAUCUUCCGCUGGCUUGCCAUCUCCUACGCCUCAGCUCACCUCACCAUGACCGAGACCUUCCGUGGGGGCUGCCACACCCAGGACAUGACCAAUGGCAUGGGCAUCGUCAGUGGUGCCAAGUGGCAUCCCAGGACUGGCAGCAUGAACGAUUUCAGCUAUCUGCACACCAACUGCCUGGAGCUCUCCAUCUACCUGGGCUGCGACAAGUUCCCCCAUGAGAGUGAGCUGCAGCAGGAGUGGGAGAACAACAAGGAGUCACUGCUCACCUUCAUGGAGCAGGUGCAUCGUGGCAUCAAGGGAGUAGUGACAGACCAGCAGGGUGACCCCAUUGCCAACGCCACCAUCGUUGUGGGAGGCAUCAAACAUCACAUGAAGACAGCCGCUGGUGGGGAUUACUGGCGCAUCCUGAACCCAGGCGAGUACCGUGUCCUGGCCCGGGCUGAGGGCUACAACCCAAGCACCAAGACCUGCAGCGUGUACUACGACAUCGGGGCCACGCAGUGCAACUUUGUGUUGGCACGUUCCAACUGGAAGCGCAUCCGUGAGAUCAUGGCCAUGAACGGGAACCGGCCCAUCCGGCGCAUCAUGCCUGGGCAGCCCAUGACACCACGAGAGCACAUGCGGAUGCGGCUGCGGCUGCGGCACCGCAUGCGGCUCCGGCAACAGAUGCGGAACCGCCGGCUCAAUGCCACCACAGCUGCCCCCACCGAGCCGCCCCCAGCCACCACGGUACUGCCGAUUCCCUUCAGCAGCACCACCUUUGCUCCCUGGAGCCAGGAGCCACCCACAGCUGCCACAUGGGAGAUGGAGACCUACACAGAGACAAUGACAGAAGUGGUAACAGAGCUGGAGACUGAGGCCAAAGCCUGGGAGGCAGGCACAGGCACGCCGCAACCCCUCACCACCGCUGAGACCUACACCGUCAACUUUGGCGAUUAGGGUGCAGGGGGAAGCUUCUCACGCCACUGCUGAAAAGCCCAUCACAGAUGCAGGCAGCCAGCCCUGGCUCUCCCUGGCUGCCACCUUCUCAGCUGCUGGCACUGUUGUUUGCUUGUAGAGCCCUCCUAGAGAUGUAUCGCCCACAGCAGCCCCCUCUCACCACGCUGCUUUCUAGGCAUAUGGGAUCAAACCUGGGGAGCUGGGGAGCUCCCCCCACUGGGCUUCGACCAAUGUGAUCUCCCGGUCCUAGAGACCAGGCACCCCCCACCUCCCAUGGGUGAAGCAGGCUGGGGCCCCCUUCUCCCCUCCACCUGUUCCGGGCUCAGUCCAAUGAGCCAUGAGGCUGCCUGCGCAGGGGUGGGAGUGGGGGCUGCAUUAGCAGAGCUGGCCCCCUCUGCGGGGCAGGGCCCGGGAGGCAGGGGCAGCGCGGGGUCCUCCCCACUCGUCUUGUUAUACAAAUAAAUCAAGCUACGUUGUUUA